AUGCCUAUUUCUUAUUUCAGACACUUAAUCGCAGCUGAAGUAGCUUAUGUCCGUGUUUUAAGUCUAAAAUUCGAAUUAUAUAAAGUAUGUAAUGAGGAUGGAAAAUUAAUAUUAAAAGUAAACAAAAUAAAAGAAUCUAUAAAUCAAUUUAAGAAUAGAGUGUACAGAAACUUUAAACAUUUUGCAGGAUUGUGGGUUGGAACAUACAAAAAGUUUUUGAACCUGAAGCCUGAGAACUUUGAUUUCAAUUUGGAACUGGAUUUAGUGUAUUUGAAGAAUUAUCAUGAAGCUGCAAUAUAUCUUAAAAAAUGUAUCCAGUCCAAUCCGGAGUUAUUGACCAACUUCUAUAAUUUUUGA